AUGCUCUCUUUCCGCAAGCUCUUCGUUCGCCCCGGCAAGUCUCAGAGCCGUGAUGCUCAGAGCGGCUCUCAGCUCUCGCAGACGGGCUUUGCUUCACCCAUGCGACCGCCUUUGGAGCGCCGCCGUACCCCUUACCCCCGCCGCCGCAGGCGAUUCGGCUCUUCCUCUACGCAAAGCUCGAUUCCAUUCUCAUCAGGUCGAGCAGGCUAUUCACCCUCCGAUGCAGUUGAAUCGUCCGAAAGCGAUGAAGUGCCCGAGUCUUAUCACGGCCUUCCGCGCCUCCUCUUUGAUGCCGAAGUCGAAAGAUGCCUCGCCGCGCUCGAAUUCCAAACCGACGCCGUCUGGUCGCGGCUUGAAGAGGAAGAGAACAACAUCAUACGCAUGACAGAUCCUGAGCUCGACCUAUUGUCAAGAAGGUUCGAAGAAGCGCUCGCAAGUGAUCUGGACGAUAGUGAUGUGCGGGCUGGGCGCGUUCGCGUUCAGGGGACGAUGUCGCGCAGGCUUGCUCUGAAGAAGCGGCUGGGAUUCUAA